AUGCGCUGGUUUGUGAUAAGCAAUAUUUACGAUUCAAUCGGUCCUUUGGCUUUCAUGCUGAACGUGUUAGGAUUAAGGUGUGACUCUUGGAAUUCAUCGACUAGUGUCGGUAAGCUACCGGUAGUGACCGUUUACAUACUAGCCUUCAUCACUCUGCACACGGGAAUCGUCUUUGGGAUCAUAUACAUUCAGAAGCUACACGAAAUAUACCAAUCGUGGAUCGUUGGAGGACUUGAAAUCGUACACGCAACUAUGAUUUAUGCGAUGGUUAUAUAUUGCCUGGUGUUCGGUCACCUGGCUAGCAACAAAACCAGGAGACUCCUGGCAUGUCUGUGCGAGAUCGACAGCGCGUUGUCCAAGUAUAGGAUUCGAAUAGAUCAUCAGUCGUUCCACGAUCGGUUGAUUGCAACGAUAUGCGGUGUCACACUCACCUCGAUGGCUAUAGUCGCAUUCAGCUUCUGGUACUGGAAACGUCAUGUUUCCGGUUUCACGAUGGAGUAUUCUGGGACUAUUAGUUUCUAUCUGGCAGUUUAUUGUUAUUUGCUGGUGUUCGUACAGACGAUUGCGAUGGUUAUACUGUGCAUGAUGAGAUUCGUGGCGAUUAACGGCGUAUUCAGAAACAUGGUCAAUCGACCUAACCAGCGGAUAGAACUUGAUGCCUUUCAUCAAAUUACGUUCGUCCUGAAAGUGUUGGGAUUGCACCCCGUGGUAACCAGUACGAAGAAACGUCACCGCUUGUUGUAUAAAACUAUAAAUGGGACAGUCCUGCUCCUCUCCACUAUGGUGUAUGGUUACAUGUUGCUGCACUAUGCGCUUCUUUCCGAAAUUAUCAAACUCAACACCGGGUCAGUCAUCAUCCAGCGGAUGCUGGACAUCUUCCACGUUUUGCGCUACAUUAUGGCGGUGGCGGUACCAGUCUUUGCGCUCCUAAACAUGGAUAAAAGGCAGCGUAUGCUUCAACGAAUCGAUGAAACUAGCGGCCCAAUAGCGGAGCUUGGCAGUGGCUUUCAAGCAAUACAGUGCUUCAAGUGUGUACGAUGCAUCCAGUGGACGUCUUUGCUAACUCCUUUUACCUGUGUGAUUGCCGUGUUCGCAUUGAUAGAAUGGAAGACGCUCGGCAUCCACGUUGGGAUAUUCCCUCGCAUCACCAUGGCUGUGUAUUUUGUUACAUAUGUUCAGCUAUGGCUGCAACCAACGGUGCUGCUUCUGUUGCUCCGAAGGAGUUUCAUGACGUUGGGUCGAGUGAUGCGAAUGUACUUCCCAACAACGCCGACAGCUGGUGGAUUCCUCACGGCCAAUGUGGAGACCGUCGUGUGCAGUGAGAAGGAGCAGCUGGCCGUUUUGAAACAGAUAAAAAUACUGCACGACAAACUGAACGAUGUGGUGGAGCUGGUCAAUUACUGCUUUUCCGUGCAAAUAACCUUUUGCGUGGGGCUGUGCUUCGUUAUCGGCGUCGUUUGCUCGUUCGGUCUGUUCCGGGCAUUCAUCUAUCGGAACGAGCUGUUCUACAUGGGCGUACUGAACUUCAUCUGGUACAUGUACUACCUGUUCUUUGUGCUCUUCUUCAUCGCCGUCGGGAGCAAGAUUACUCGAGAGGGUAAACGAAUCGGAGUGCUCGUCCACAAGGCCAUCAACUUUUCCACCUCUACUGCGGUUAUAAAUGAGCUGAACAUUUUCUCCCAGCAAUUAUUGCACCGCAGUCCCGUAAUUACAUGCGGUUUGUUCGUCUACGACUGGACACUUCUGUACACGAUGAUUGGUGCGACCGCAACGUAUCUCAUAAUCCUAAUCCAGUUCGACGUAUCCUUCCCGAAUUUGGUAAAUGUGAAUGGCACUGCGACGGUUUCCACGGGAACAUAGAUUAGCUCGAUGCAAAAUGUGUGGUGUUUCCCACGAGCAAUAAUCAUGUUCAUCUCGAUUAGUGCCUAUUCGUUGCUUGGCGAGGCUCCCGUUUCACCCCUCGUAAUGCAUGCCAUGUAGUCUGCUUUCCCCGAACUCAAUACAUUUAUUGGUAGAUGCUCCUAGGGCAAAACAGAGAAACAGAAAUCAACUGAAGCCACCAACAUCCAGCAUGAAAGCAAAAGCGCCAAGGUUCACCGUUUCGAUGUUAUAUGCUACCGUGAAAUAAAAUUAAUGUGAGAGUAUCCGUGGAUUUAUAAUAAACAUAUUUUUCUGUAUACA